CGCCAUUAAAAUGACUAAUAACAAAGUAGUACCUAAUUUAAAGUGACGCUUUAAUUUAGUUAAUUUAAAAUAUAUAUAUUUGGGGAUUUAAGCGAACUAAUCAUGAGUAAGCGCCGGAAAAUAAUGAUUAAUAAUAUGGAAGUCUCAGUUGAAGAAGAUACUGAAAUUUUAGAAUAUAUGGACACAAAUCAAUCCUACGAAAUCGAAGAUGAAAAUCAAGAAGCCCAAUUUAUUUGUACAAGCGGGGAACAAUUUACGAUGGAAGACGGAACAAUUGUACAAUAUAUUGACCCCGAAUAUGCCAUCGAAGAAGAUGGCAUCUUACCAGAUCAAGAUCAGGAAAAUCAAGAAGUGAAUAAUUUAGAAAAUUUGAAUGAUGAUGAAUCGAUGAAAUACUCAUAUGUAAUUGUAAAUGGUGAACGUGAAGGAUCGUAUUUCUUAUAUUGUGAUAGACAAUUGUACAAAAAAAAUCGAUCUAAGUACUAUAGAUGCCGUUUAUUUCCAAAUUGUACCGCAUCCGGAAGAGUUUAUGCCAAUAAAAUGUUUCUUUUACAACAACCACACGGAGAUCAUCCUGAUCAAGAGAGCUAUAAAGAAAGUUUAGAACUGUUUAACACUCUGCGUGGCAAAUCGAAAGAUAAUGCUAGUAAUUUUAAUAUAAUUUACGAAGAGGAAUGCGCUAAACAAGAAUCUCCGCAAGUCGUUGAUGAAACGAAAAAUAAGUUUUUGGCAACAAAAAUUUUGAAAAGAAAUAGAGAUGCGUUUAAAAUACUUACAGAAAUACUUGGGGAUCAAGAUUAUGAGAAUGUUAAUGAUAGUGAUCGCCCUUUGAAUAAUUACGAAAAAACUGAAAUAAAUGCAAUUGAUGGAUUAGGUAUUCGUACAAAAAUAAUAUACUCAGCUGGUCAUAUUUAUUUACAUACAAGUACGUCAACUUAUCGAUGUUACUUGUAUCCAAAAUGUUUAGCAGCUGGAAAUUUAAUAACGGAACAAAGUGUUUCAUUAUUUCAAUUAAAUGUACCACAUUCGGAUCAUGGCUUUAAAGAUACCGAACGAGAUAUUCUUCAUUUUGUUGUGGCAGUUAAAAAGCGAGUUCAAGUCAACCCUAAUAAUAUGUCACAGAUAUUUAAUGAAGAAUUACAAAAGGAUAAGUACGCUUAUUUGAAAGAUAAAAUAUCUUUAGAUACGCUUAUCAAAUUAUUUGUACGACUUGGAAGUUAUCCGCAUGAUGACGAUGAGGAAAAAACAAAAGUUGGAUCUGACGAAGAAUCAUAUCUAGAAAUACCACGCCCAUUUUCUAUAAUUGAUGGGGGUUCUGGUGGUCAUGUUUUAUUUUGUGAUGGUCAAUUGUAUAAUAGCAACAAUCGAGCUGGCUAUUAUCGAUGUAGAUUGUAUCAAAGUGGUUGUCCUGCAACAGGAAUCAGAGAAAAUAAAAAAUUUAUAUUAAUGAGAUCACAUUUAGGUCAUACAAAUCAAGUGACUGAAAAAAUUAAAUUACAAUUAACAUCAGCAUUACGUCGACGAGCAGCAACCGAAUCUUUACCGUUACAAACAAUUUAUAAUCAAGAAAUGAGAAAUCCCGAAUUCAAACUGGUUUCACAUUUACUACCGUAUCAUGCUGUUUAUAAAAUUAUGAAACGAGCUCGUACACAUGGAUUAAGUUCUGACAAAUUGGGAGAUACUUCUGAAAACAACGAAAAGCAAAAAGGUACAUCAGAAAAGCUUCUUGAAACUGCCGAUUCAUCCAAAACAAAAAAUGAUCAUAGUGAAUCAAAAUUAUUGAAACUUACGGAAGAGAAUGUGAAUUCAAUAGAAGAAGAUUUAACAAGCACUAGCCCCAAAAGUAAUUUUCGUUCAAAUAAAGUUAAAAAUCCACAAUUUCCUUGUAUGAAAUAUUCUCUAAUGGAAGGUGAAAGAUUAGGAUCCUGUAUUUUAUAUUGCAACGAACAAUUGUACACACUAAACCGAAAUAAUUAUUAUCGGUGUCGAAUGUAUCCUCAAGGUUGUCAAGCUACUGGUAUGCGUGAAGAAAAUUACUUUCGAUUAUGUCGUGGUCAUUCUGGUCACGGAUCACAAGAACCAGAACGACGACGCAUCAUUUUAAUAAAUACCAUUAAAAAGAAAACAAUGACUAAUCCGGAUCCAGAUUAUUUUGAAUCUGUUUUUAAUCGUGAAUGUGAAAAACCAGAAUAUGCUGAUAUUGUCGAACGUGUGAGUUUUACUGUAAUUUUAAAUAAUAUGAGAAAAAUUUGGAAACGAUAUCAACAACAGGAUCCAACCCUAGCCAGGAAUAUUAUGCGAAAUGAUAUGCCUGAAGAUCUUCAUCAAAAAAUGACAGAAAGGGAAAGUAAAGAUAAAGAUUUACAAUCAGAACAAGACGAUACAGAAGAUUUUAAGAUGGCAGUUGAAAUCGGCGAAGAUAUAUUUUGUGAUCAAGAUAUUUCACCUAAACCGUAUACUUUGAUGGAAGGUGAACGAUUGGGAUCAUGUCUUUUAUAUAGUAAUCAACAAUUAUACACAAACAAUCAACGGAAUUAUUACAGAUGUCGAAUGUAUUCAAUUGGUUGUCGUGCAACUGGAAUUAUUAAAGAUAAUUUAUUUUAUUUAUUAAAACCACAUAAUAGUCAUGGAUCACAAGAACGUGAAGUACGUCGUUUAGUUUUAAUAACACGAAUCAAAAGACGUGCUCAAAUUGAUCCAACACGAUUACAAACAAUAUUUAAUGAAGAAUGUUCCAAACAAGAAUUCAAUGAUGUAGCAGAAAUGGUUAAUUUCAAAAAAAUUUAUAGUACUUUAGAUAGAUGCAGACGACGUGCAGCUAAUGAUGUAUUAGAAGUAAUUGAACCAAAAAUUCCACCUGAUAUUACAAUUGCGGAAAAAGAAUCAUCUUUGAAAGAUCAUUGGACCACCGAAAUUUCCGAAGAACAUGCAGAAAAUAUGACUGAAGAUGGAGUACAGUAUUUUAUUCAAAAUGUCGAAGAUGCAUAUCAGGAAAAUAGUGAAAACGAAAUAAUAAAUCCCGAAGAAAGUUAUUUAUCUGAAAACAAUGAUGGUAUUGUAGCUAUUGAAGGUUCCGAACAACAAAUAACGCAAGAAGAAUUAAUUUCACAAUUAGGUUUAGCAGAUUCAGGUGGAGAAGAAAAUAUUUAUGAGAAUGAAAAUGGCGCUUCAGAGGAGAUUGCUCAACAAGGCGAAAAUUAUGAAUUUAUUGGAGGUGAUCGAUUUGGUAGUAAAUUAUUGUAUUCGGAGGGGCAACUGUACUGUUUAAAUCGUGAUAAUUAUUUUCGUUGUCGAAUAUACCCAAAUUGUAUUGCCACUGGACGUGUUUUUGGUGAUCAAUUUCGUUUGCAUCGAGGACAUUCCAUGCAUGAUUUACAAGUAGAUGAAAAAGCACGAUUAUUAUUUAUAAAUAAUCUUAAAAAACGUGUGCAAGAAGAUCUUACAACACCUAUCAAACAAAUUUUUGAUGAAGAAUGUUCAAAACCUGAACACAAUUCUGUUUCAUUUUUAGUCAAUUAUAAAACAGUUUUUAGUACUUUGAUGAAAUGUCGAACCAGAGCACAAAUUACUACUGAUAAAGAAGAUAAUGCAGAUCAACAACAAUCAUCAGAUCAACUAGAUAUUUUAGAAGAAUUUGGUACAAGAUUUGAUAAUGAUCUGGAUGAUGUUAACGAUGAUCAUGAUGAAAGUUUAAGUCCUACAUGGGAUUUAGAUGAAUUUUCUGACAGUGAUAUGGAAGAUUUAGUUGAAGUUCCCAAACCAGACAUGAAUACACCGACUAAAUACACAAUCAUUCAAGGUGACAGAACUGGAUCCUUAAUUUUAUAUUCAAAUGGGCAUUUAUACACACGCAAUAGAGGCUCAUAUUAUCGAUGUCGGCUACAUCCUGCAUGUUAUGGAUCCGGCAAUCGUCGUGGUAAUUUAUUUUAUAUGACCCGUCAACAUAAUAAUCAUCCAUUACAAGAUGAUGAAAAGUGUCGUUUAGCGUUGAUGAAUGUAUUAAAAAGACGAGUAUUACAAGAAACUACACCAUUAAAAGUUAUCUACGAUGAAGAAAUUAUCAAACCUGAAUUUUCUGCGAUUGCUGAUUUGGUAUCUUUUAAAAUGAUACAAAGCACUAUGAUUAAAAUUCGAGAACGUGUUAAAUAUGGACAAGAACCUGGAACUGUUAUGCUAUCAACUGAAGCAAUUCCUCUUUGUAAUAAAUCUGAAAUUGAUGAGAAUGAAAGUAUAGAAAUUGAAGAAGGUGUAGAUUCGGAUGCCGAUGAAAGUGAAAUUAAAAAGAAAUUGGAGAAAGAAACAACCGAUGAUCGUUAUAUUUAUUAUUAUGUUUUGGAUUACGACGAUACUGAUGAUACAGAAGUAGAAACAGAGAAUUCUGGUGUGGAUUUAGGAGAAAAUAUAACUCGCGAGUAUUUGAAUUCACCAAGAACAAAAUCAGAAAUGGAUGAGAUUCCAUCAACUCAACCUAUUGUUGUUUAUACGGUUGAUAUUGAUAGCCCGGAAGAAAAUAUACCAACAUUUCAGCGGAAAGUACAUUUACCAGACGAAGUACUACAAGAAGAAAUUUCGCGAACAGCAGUUACGUCGACACAAAUUGAAAUGCAAGAACCCCUUAAUUAUAAAAUUAUAGAAGAUUGUUUAAAUGAACAAUAUUUAUUGUAUGCCGGUAAACAAUUAUAUUUAAAAAAGAAGAAUUCAUUUUUUGGGUGCCGAAUACGUACUUGUCAAGCAAUUGGACAAAUUAGAGAUAAUUUAUUUUAUUUAUUAUACAAUCAUAUCAACCAUCCAUUACAAAAUAAAGUGAAAUUACAAUUGCAAUUAAUUGCACGAAUUAAGUCACGAUGUUUAGAACGACGAACUGCACGAGUGUCAAAAAUAUUUCGCCAUGAAUGUACAAGACCAGAAUUUCGUAUUGUUGCAAAUACAAUAACAUUAGAUGGUAUAUCCGAUAUGGUACGGAAAUAUCGAAGAAAAUAUUUUCCAAAAAUGACAAAUCCUCCAAUUGAAAUGAUUGGUGGUUCAAUGCUACCUGAUCUUCCGCCACCUGUUGAAUUUUCGAUGGUAAAUGGAACGACGCCAGAUGUUAGAUUAUUACAUUGCGGAGAUGCAUUAUUUUAUCAUUCAAGUAAAGGUGUUUAUCGAUGCCAUGUUAAAGGUUGUGGAUCAUUCGGUCGAAGGGAUAGAAUAUUUUUCCAAUUAUUAUCCCCUCACAUCGAACACGAAACAGUCAAUAUUAAUGACAAAGAUAAUUUAUUGAACCUAAUCAAACAAAUUGAGGAAGACAUUUGGAAAAGGAACUUAAUGGGUGACGAUGAAAAUGAAAAUGAUAACUUCAAUGACCAAAAUCAAAAAGUAGUAGAUGGAAGAGAAGAAGAAGAAAGUCGAAUUCCACAAAUUAAAUUUGAAAUUCAGGCGGAGGAUACGAUGGUAGGUAAUGGAGAAAUGCAGUUAAAAGAUAUUAACAAAGACAACCAAGAGAAUAGUCUAAACCAAUCUAGUACAAAAAGUAUUUUACAACAAGCUUGGGAAGAAUUACAAGUUCACAUAUAA